GGCGGCGGGAUGAUAAAAAGGGCGGCGGGCGGAGGUGCCCGCUCCGGGGCGGGAGGAGGAGGAGGCGGCGAUGCCGGGACGGGCACCGGCACCGGCACCGGGGACAACCGGAGCGGCGGCGGCUCGGCCGGGGGGUGCGGGGCUGCGGGCGAAGGGCUUCGCCAUCACCGACCUGCUGGGGCUGGAGGCCGAGCUGCAGCCGCCCUCCGGCCCCGCUCCCGCUCCCGCCGCGGGUUACGAGGGGGGCGGAGGGUUGGGGCUGGGGCUGCUCUGCGGUUUGGGGGGGCCGGGACCCCCUUGCUUGUUGCCCGCCCCUCUGCCGCUGCUGCCUGCCCGCUGCCCCCGGCCCCCCCCCGGGCCGCCGCCCCCUGCCCGCCGCCACAAAGAGAACAUCUCCGAUGAGGACAGCCUGUCCGGGGACGCCAGCGACCCGAGGAUGUCCACCUCCCAGAUGAAGAGGAAGAAACGCCGGCACAGGACGGUGUUCACAGCUCACCAGCUGGAGGAACUGGAGAAGGCUUUCAACGAUGCUCACUACCCCGACGUCUAUGCCCGGGAGAUGCUGGCGGUGAAGACGGAGCUGCCGGAGGACAGGAUACAGGUUUGGUUUCAGAACCGAAGAGCCAAGUGGCGGAAGCGGGAGAAGUGCUGGGGCCGGAGCAGCGUGAUGGCUGAGUACGGCCUCUACGGGGCCAUGGUGAGGCACUCCAUCCCUCUGCCCGAGUCCAUCAUCAACUCUGCCAAGAGCGGGCUGGUGGGAUCCUGCGCCCCGUGGCUGCUGGGCAUGCACAAAAAGUCCAUGGAGGUGAGCAGGAAGGCGGAGAGCCAAGAGAAGCUGGCAGAUGGCUGGCGAGCGGAGCAGGAGGAGGAGGAGGCACUCAAAGGGAAGCAGGCCAGUUCCCAGAGGGGCUCCGACAAGCUCGGCCCUGCCAAAGAUGCGGAGGACACAGCCAUCGACCUCUCCAGGACGGCCAAGCACGAGAAGAGGGGCAUUCUGAGGCAGUGCAUCAACGGGGAGGCUCCCACGGAGCAGAAGGACAGUGACCACUGAGCUCCUCCCCGGAGGAGGCCAGGCCCCACAGCUUCCCGGCGAGAUAAUAACAUUUAUCGAUACGUAUUUUUCUUAAACGAUCGAACUUUUAUCCGAAUUCCGGGCAUUUUAAAACCGGGCACACGCAUCCCCCCUUUUCUCCUUCACUUUCAAGCUGUUCACUUCUCAGCGCAGCCGGGGUGGGGGUGCGGGAGUUUACAGGUGCCUUCUCCGAGCGCUUCCCCCCGGCCCUGCACGGCACCCGUGUGGCAAGGGUCUCCACGCUGAGCACACAAUUCUCCCACCCUGAGGAGCAGCGGGGUUUUUAAACGCGGUAGGGUUCAUCCUCAACCUGGUGUGGACCUGGCAGAUGCGCUGGUUUAUACCUGCUGAGGAUCUGGCCUGCCAACGCAGCCUUACCACUGGAUUUACACUGUGUAGCUUCCUUAACUCGUAUGUGGGAGAAGGGGGUAAAGACAUUUUUGGUUUAAGCAAUUAUUUUGUACACUCUUGAAUGUUACCUGCCACACUAUGCAUAAUAGAACAGACUUUUUUGAAAAACAAGCCAUAGUACCCUGGAGCAAUUAAACCAUUUUGUGAAUUGACAUAAGAAGAUGUUCUGUAUUUGUCUGUAAAAACUGUGAAUGUCAGAGCUGUUUCUUGGUUGUCCUAUAUUUGUAUCUAAAAGCACUUUAGAGAUCUGGAUUUUGGAAUGUGGUUCUUCCUGUUUUGUCCACCGUUUAUUUAUUACACGUCCAUAAAUAAAAUUGUGGUGUAUCUUUGGUU